UCAGAAUUUCAGAGCGUUCAAGCGGGCCAGACUCCCUUAACAUUGGGCCGACCCAAGAGAAAAAGCCCAUACUGAUUCAGGGGUUUUUUGGGCCACGAGUUAUCUGUUCCCUCCAAUCUCUCUUCUCUCGUUUGAGUCUCAGCUGACUCAAAGGGAUAGCGAAAGAUUAGGACUGAAAGCAGCCAGGGUUUUGGGUUUGGAGAGAACUGGGUUGGAGUUUCAGGUGGAAGAGAAAGAAAGAAUAUCCUUUACCGAAUGGAGACGUCUCUGAGAUACAGCGGAGGCUCGAAAAGAACCCUGAGAGAAGAAUCCCUGAGGAUUCAUGCCAAGCAGAAGCUCUUCUUUGAUCCUAAAACGCAGUUGCAGUUUCAUGGAGAACUAGAUACGAGGAUUGGAGCGCCAAGCCAUGUCAGUGCAAUUUUAAGGCACUUCCUCCCUGACGUACGUUCUAAAAUCGCUGCUAAUAUGACAUUUUUCUCAACUGGAACUUUAAGAGUGCAGUAUGACAAGCAAGAAAAGCUUCGGUACAGCUUACGUGGUAAGAAGGCUUUCCCCAUCACCAGCGACGGCAUGUUCAGCUUCAAUGUUAAGGGUCGGUACCAUCUUGACAAGGAUUUCAAGGAGAGGAAACCAACAGCAGCAACUGAGCUCUCCUGCAGCAUAUUCAAUUUUCAGAAAGACCAAGAUGUGAGGAUCAAAGUUGGAUAUGAGGUCAUUGACAAGUUGCCAUAUCUGCAGAUUAGAGAGAACAAUUGGACCUUCAACGCUGACUUGAAGGGGAGAUGGAACGUGAGAUACGAUCUAUGAGGCUAAGGCAAAGGGAAGACCAACCCUGCUGUUACCAUGUUUUAGAAGUCAAGGUUCAUGAUUCUUCCUUAUCCCUUCGGCCUAGUGGCCAAACCAUGAUGGGGUAAUGAUUUUACCAUAAGACUCUGCAAUGGUGAUUGAAUCUGUAGUGUUACUCUUUUCACCUAAGUCUGAGUAGUUGAAAAGUAGCUUUUCCCCCCUCAUUGCUUCACUAGUAUUACCGAGUAAAAGAUCAAAGUCAAGAACAAAAAUCGAACCUCAUCAAGGUGAUGCGAGUGGUGCAUUUCGUGUCGAAAGUGACAAGGUGUUGGGGUGGGUGGGCUGCCUCCUUCAUCCUGAUCCAAACCAGCCGACCAAAGUUAAAAGAGCCUUCUACGUGGCUCCAUCCCAACUCCUCCAGCUGACAGAUUUGGCAAGAUUGUGUGCGCUGCUGCUUUGCUUUCUACGGAUUUGGUUGCGAUUAAGGAUUAACAGAAUCUUUGAUCUUGGUGGGCAAAGAUUGGCUAACUGUGACUGGACCGCAUUAUCCCUCUGAUAUCAGCCCAAUUGCCCGCUUUCCGCCCUGCAACUUUCACCAGCUUAAUCAGAUAUUUCCCCACCUGCUGAUCACUACCUAAUUAAUCCUAAAUAUCUUGGUUUAACGGUUUCUUGAGUUCCUUGAAUCGAGAUUAGAAAAAGGGAUGGUGGGAAUUUGGGGAAUCCCAGUACUGUGAAGAACUGACGAUGGUAGGAAGGAUGGCUCCUUUUGACCCAAGUUGCAGUCUAGUCUACCAGUUUUAUACUUUUAUUCCUUCCUUCUGAACUCACAUGGUGGGAAAGACUGACUA